CGAAUGCCCUUCUACGUCAUCCUGCCUAUCGCACCUGCCGCGGCGGUAACAUCGACCGAAUGUUACCUGUGUGAGCAAAGCCUAUCUUUUCGGAGCGCGGCGAAUGGCCAACCACAGAGCAACGGGCCCGUGACAUGGGUGACACGCGCGAACUCCGUAACGAGGGGGUAGGUGUUCCGUGACUCGGUGGGCGUCGGCAGUCCAGUGACAAAACGUGGGUAGAAGACGCGGAAUUUUUUCAACAUUUUCGAGCUUCGAACGCGCGUCGAUCGUGAUAAUCCACCAGCACUUAAGUAGGCGCAUUUGCUGAGGAGGUCCCAUGGAGCUUGGCCAGGGAAGCAUAUGCUGACGACGGAUAGCGACAGGGGCUGGACCUGAAGUGUCGGAGAUCCGCUCACUUUGCCUGAGCCCUCUGACAAUGCCAGGAGAUAUCAAUCAAUCUUAGAUCUACUUGGACAUGCGAAAUCCAACAUUCACGGUGGCGAGGAAUCUGGUUGCCUUGUUCUUUUUCCAAACGCGCCCGACAGCUCACGGCACGUGUUGGGUGACAGCUCACGGCACGUCUGUCACGUGCUGUGUCUGUCACGUGCUCUCUGACUGUGGGCGGUACGUCUGUCACUAAUGUUGUAACCAGAUAUUUGUGUUAUGAACCAGGCGUCUCUGCUAUGAGCCAGAUGUCUUUGAGCCAGAUGCUCUGAACCAGAUGAACGCCAAUUACAGCUGGCGUGACGCCCAUAAAGCGAUCAUUAUCCGUCGCCUUUGGGAAGAAGAAUCUUUCAAUGUUUGCAGGAUAUUCGAAAAAGUUUAAAUUGGUCACAAAAAAUCUUAGCAUCCUGAAAUUCAUGGUUCCAAGAUAUCCUAGAGAAACCUUGAGAGAAGCGGACGCACCGAAGCCCUUGGGCCGGUUCUCACAGGGCUGCGCACGUGCUGGGCAGACGAUGGCGGCGUCUCUUGCUGCUGCUGCUGGUACCAGCCUGUCUCAUAUAUGUGUUCUACGACUCUCUGGAGCCCCACUUCAUGGCAGUGGGGUGGCUGGUGCAAAACCGCUACUGGCACCAGUGGUUUUAUCGGGCACCGGAGCUGUCCAGCGACCUGGAGAAUGCCAGUCUGGUCCUCUACUGGACGCCGGCCUUCCACGACGCCGCUUUUAAUGGCUACGGCAUGAAGCCAUUCGCGCACUGUCCAGUCAACAACUGCGUGGGCACCAAUGACCGGCGCUACCUGUCGCGGGCGCGAGCGGUGCUCUUCCACGGCGCCGACAUCAGCAUGUGGGACGUGCCUCCUGAGCGGACGGUCGACCAGCUGUAUGUGUUCUGGUCCCUCGAGUCGCCGCCGAUGCUGAACAUGGCGUUCGGCGCCCUCAACUCGGUCUUCAACCUCACCAUGACGUACCGGCUCGACUCGGACGUUGUGUUUCCGUACUUCGAGGUCAUCCGCCGCAACCGCUCGGCAACGGUCGCGCCUGCAGCGGCGGCCGGACCGACAGCGAGCGGCGCGCCGACGCUGCCGGCCGGGCCGGAGCCGACCGUCGCCUGGUUGGUGUCACACUGCACCACGCCCAGCCGCCGAGAGCAGUAUGUGGCUAAGCUCCAGCGCUACCUGCCGGUGCACGUGUUCGGCGCGUGCGGCACGCGGGAGUGCGGCGAUCCCGCAAAGCGGCGCGACACGCUGACCUGCUUCCGCGAGCUGGUCGGCAACUACACCUUCCUUCUGGCGUUCGAGAACUCGCUGUGCCAGGACUACAUCACCGAGAAGCUGUUCCAUGCGCUGCAGGUCGGCCUCGUGCCGGUGGUGCGCGGCGCCUUGAAGUCCUGA